AUGUACGUAUCUUGUUUGAUUUACAAAGUAAUUUGUGAGAUACGAAAAUACUUUAACAAAAUACUGAUUAAGAUAAACUAUGAUUUCCUUUAA